AUGGAUACUGAAUUCGAAACACUCGAGGGACGAUUAACAUUGAUGCUUCCGCAGCUGCAAUGUGAGUGUGGUAUCCUUGAAAGAUUGGUAUACAAGAAUAAGAAUCAGCAUCGCCGCUGUUCCUAUUUCCACCAUCUUUUGAAGGUCAGGAGGGAUUUGAGGCUUCUGCGGUUGGUGAACUUGGAGGAGCUUGUAACAUCAUGUUUCAAUGUUAUCAAAGAUGAUAGACCAAAACAGAAAAUUCAUCUUCUAGAGAGUUUGAAAAGGAGAAAAUAUAAUGAUGAGAAGCUGAAUUUUUUGGAGCGUCUUUUAGGAUCUGCACGACUACUAGAAGAGAUGGUUGAACCAAUGCUGAAGGCUGCAACUGAGAUAUCUGUUUUGUUUGCCCGAUCCUUUUUUAUGGGACUUUCUGUGACAAUUAUGGCUUUGCUAGCGCGUCUACGUGUUUUGGUUCAACAAAUAUUACUUGAUGUUGUUUAUUUGUUCAACAUGGUUUCUUCCCUGUCCAAAAAGAAGCAAUCAGUAAAAAUAACUCAUAACGGAAUAGAGGUUUUUAGAGAGUUCUAUCCUGUUAGUGAUGACGAUGAUUGUGUUACGUUAGAAUGUGUCUGGAAUUCAGAUAAGUAUAUACUACAUGAGAGGAAGCAUAAAAGGGAGAAUGAAAGUCAAUGUGAUGAGGAUUCUGGUGGAAAUCUUUCUGUUCAAACAUCAGGUGUCAACUACAACACUAUCGAGUCUAUUCUUGGGGGUAAGAACCAUGAUGACCAACUUGAGCCUGAGAGAGGUGAAGCUGAUACUGCAGCUGGAGAGGAUCCGCCUCACGUCAAGGAUAUAAAUACAGAUUCAUUGACAAGCUCGAUGCAAAUUGAUGAUGUUAAGGAGAUGACUGUGUUUAGUAGUGAGGAAGGAGGGGAAAAUUCGACCACAAAAGCCCUUAUCUGCGAAUCUUCACCGGAGGGUGAUUUGCAUGCAUUACCGAAGUCUUCAACGAGUGGCAAACUUCAAUCUUGUUCAAAGAAGGUGGCAUUUAUGUCAAUAAAGAAUCCUACAUUAGCAUCCCAAAGUGUGCAAAGUAGUGUUUCUAUGUUAACUAGCAAUGCCAAGGCAUUCCAUUUCAUGGGAAAUGAAAGUGAUCAAACAAAAGAUGACAAACCACACUCACUUGCUAGUAUAUUUACUGAUGUAAAUGCAAAGGAUAGUCUUUUUUAA